AUAGCACAUGAUUCAGCCUCCUACCACGGACCACUUUCUCUCGACUCUCUUUCGCUUUCUCUGCAUUUUAAAUAAGAAAGAAAAAAAAUAAGAACUUUCUUUUUAUCUCACCAAUCCCAAGAAUCCGUCCUUAAAAAAACAUUGGGAUUUCCAUGUUCUUGUAGUAGCUAAGAUUAUGUUACAGUUUCUGGAUUGAUUUUUCUUUUGGGAUUAACAAGGAAAAAACUAAUGUCUACAAUUAGGUGCAUGACAAUCAGGUCGAGGUCCCACCGGGUGGUGCAGGACGGGUCGUUGCCGGCCCUGGAGGUGGAGGAGUGGCAUGGAGGGGAUACGUCUUGCUGGGCUAACAUGCCACAGGAGCUCUUAAGAGAGGUCCUAUUGAGAAUAGAAGCAUCAGAAAGCAGCUGGCCACCCAGAAAAAGCGUGGUGGCUUGUGCUGGUGUUUGCAGGACCUGGAGACACAUCACUAAAGAUUUAGUUAAAGUCCCUGAACUUUCCGGCAGGCUUACUUUCCCCAUCUCUGUCAAGCAGCCUGGUCCAAGGGAUUUUCUCCUCCAGUGCUUUAUAAAGCGGUGCCGGUCCACUCAGACAUAUUAUCUUUACCUCAGUUUAACUAAUGCACUAGCCGAGGAUGGAAAGUUCCUUCUUGCUGCACGCAAGUGUAGACGCCCUACCUUCACUGAUUAUAUCAUCUCUCUAGAUGCUGACAAUGUGUCGAAGGGAAGUAGUAGUUAUGUUGGGAAGCUAAGGUAUCAUACGCAUUCCACACAGAAUAGGCCUUUUGUUUUUGUUCUCUUAUUUGCUAAAAUUUUUAACAUCUUUGUCUUAUUUUCGGCAAGAUCAAAUUUUUUGGGAACCAAGUUCACAGUCUUUGAUGGACAGCCACCUCAUACUGGGGCCAAGAUGAUGAAAAGUCGCUCCACUAAGCUAGUAAAUUUGAAACAAGUUUCACCUAGGGUUCCUGCUGGCAACUAUCCUGUAGCUCACAUCUCAUAUGAACUGAAUGUGUUGGGUUCCCGGGGUCCAAGGAGAAUGCAGUGCAUUAUGGAUGCUAUCCCUUCCACUUCUAUUGAACCUGGUGGAGUAGCCCCCACACAGACAGAGUUUUCUCAUCACAAUGUAGAUUUAUUUCCAUCACCUCCAUUAUUACGUUCAAAAUCAAAUCGUACAGAGAAUUUUCUUUCAGGACCUUUGCCCAGUCAGAAAGAUGGAGCACUAGUACUGAAAAACAAGGCUCCAAGGUGGCAUGAGCAGCUUCACUGUUGGUGUUUGAACUUCCAUGGUCGAGUAACGAUUGCUUCGGUUAAAAACUUUCAGCUGGUUGCUUCCCCAGAAAAUGGACCUGCUGGUCCAGAACAUCAGAAGAUCAUCCUCCAGUUUGGGAAAGUGGGAAAGGAUUUGUUUACUAUGGAUUACCGAUACCCAAUCUCUGCAUUCCAAGCAUUUGCAAUUUGCGUCAGCAGCUUUGACACCAAGAUUGCUUGUGAAUAAUGGCAUAUGAUCAAACAGGUAUGGAGUCUCUUAUUGUGCAUCUAAAGCUCCUAGAAUUAAAUAGGGACAUGGGUGAAUCUGGGUCCGAACUGGCAGUUUUGGUCCGUGGAGGGGAGGCUAGACUAUAGAGGGUCGGUUUUGGUUUUGGUUCUGGUUCCUAAUUGAUCCAGGUUGAGUCAUUCCAACAGUUGAUUUCUUUUCUUUUUUUUUGUAAAAAGGCUGGUUUGAACUAGACCUCUGAUUUCAACUAGGGAUAGCAAAGAAUUGGAUACUUGACCCGAUUUGACUUUAAUCGGACUAGUUCAAGUUGUGUAUUAUUUGGUUUGGAAUGGGUUCUAGUUUGAUAAUUAGUAUGUGAUAAGUUCAGAUUUUAUAUAUUGAAUCAGAAUACUUGUUAUUCGAA